AUGGACGAGUUCGAGAAUUUAAUCCAGAGUUUCUCAGAUGCGCUCAAGUCGAAAUGGAAAGAGGUUACCGACGGCCCUCCGAUCACCGACCAGAUCCAGGCGUUCAUCCACGCCGUUGAUUGGACGGAGCCAUGGAUCAUCGGGCUGCUGUCGUUCCACGCCGCGUUGCUUCUCAUGGUCCUCCUCACUCGCCGAUGGCAGAACUUCCAGUUCAUCGUCUUCGCCUUCUGCGCCAUACUAGUCUAUCUAGCGGAGCACAUAAACGCGUACGCGGCGCAUCACUGGAAGCUGUUUUCCCGCCAGAACUACUUCGACCAAUACGGGCUCUUUGUCUCGGUGUUCUUCUCAGGCCCCAUACUCGUCAUCGCGAUUGUCAUUCUGGUGCAACUAAUGAUCAGUACAGUUGAGCUGAUGGUGAAGUGGAAGAAAGCAGAGCUAAAGCACAGGGCGAGAAAGGCAGCACAGCAGGAGAGGAGAAAAAAAGAGUAG